UUGAAGAUCUCGUCGAGACGGAUUUAAUGGUGAAAACGGAUUUUUAGUUCGCUUUUUUAUUUAAGAGAUACAACAUUUUUAAGGCGAAAACCAAAAAAAAUUCUGUUGAUAUCAUUUAUUUAUACGUGGCAAAAUGAAUGGUGACAGAGGCGUGUGGGCGAUGUGCAAACGCCCACACGUGUGGGCGUUAAUAUUUCCGAAAAACAUCAUAAAAAACAGUAGGGAUUAAAAAAAACAGCAGGGAACAACCUUCCAAGAAAAAAAAAACAGUAUCCACGAAAAAAACAGCAGGGGAUAAAUAGCAGGACAUAACUGCAGGCCGCGUGAGGCAGUAGAAAAUUGCGGUUUGAUUUUUUCUCCUCGCCCCGCCGCUACACGCCACGCCCACGCCAUCGUCGCCGCCUCCACCCCGCACCAACCGCCCUCCUCUACAUAACCGAUCCGACAACCGCGCGGCCGCCCACGGUGGAGUCUCUCUCGCCGCCAGCGACCCGGGCCGGCGCGUUGAGGGUCGGGGCCGGGGUGGAGCGGCAGAUGCGGGAGGGCGGCUCCGGCUCCGGCCGCGAAGGCGGGGAGGAGAAGGAGGCGGGGCGGGAGCGGGAGCGCGGGCCGCGGCCGGGGUGCGGGGGCGAGGCGGCGGGGCAGGCGGCGGCGGACUGCGCGGCGGUGUGCUGCUGCUGCCCCAUGGCGCUGCUGGAGGUCGUGCUGCUCGUCGCGGUCCGGCUGCCGGCCGACCUCGCGCGGCGGGCCAGGCAGAGGCGGCGCCGGCGGCGCGGCGGCAGCGGGUCGGCGUCGCUGUCCGGGAGCACCAAGGCCAUGUUCGCGGCCGCGGACGCGCUGGAGGCGGACGAGGCCGAGGCCGGGGCGAGGCGCGAGGAGGAGGCGGCCGAGGCGGCGUCUGAGUUCGAGCGCGAGAUCAUGGCCUCCCGCCUCUACGGCGCCGGGUUCUGGCGCUCCAACUCCUCCCGCUCCAGCUCCCGCGCAUCCUCCGCGCGCCGGUAGCCGCGCUCGUCGACGGCCGAGUCGACCAGCUGCAACGGCGACGUCACGUCGGCGUCCUCCUCUUCUUCUCCGUCGCGUCGAGUGCGUGUGUUCCCUGUGCCCACUGUCGCGUUGCGUGCGCGUGGAAAAGAUUUGCCCCGUCUCGUCGUCAGGUGUGUUAGUUUAGUUAGGUUAGCAUCGUGGUACAGCAGGCGAUCGUGGACACGUGCGUGCGAUCUUGGCUUUGUUGUGUCGCUGCUUUUAGGAUGGAUGGAUUCGUGAUGGGCCAGUGGAAUUGCUUGGCUUUGGAGAGAGGAACAGCGUGGUCCUGAACUCCUCAUCAUCGAGCAGCAUAUGCUGCCAAUUGUGCAAUGGAAUUGCCUGCAAACAACCUACUCGUAGUGGUAUUAUGGUGCUAGUGGCAAAUCUUUUGAAGGGAUUACACGGGCCUAAUGGCCACCAAAGAUAAGAUUACCAUUUGCCAAUGUGAUGCACCCUACCCGGUGGAGUACUUUUUA